AUGGGUAUCGCCCAAGUACUUGUCCUCUUCGCGUCUGCGUUACUCCUAUCAUCAAUGCUCUUCAUUGGCGUCGAUUCCACCAGGUCUAAUGAAACACGGCAUGAACAUGCAGUUGAGAAUCCAGACGAAGUAGCUGCCAUGGUGGACAUGACCAUCCGCAACAGCACAGAGCGGCGAAGACUAGGCUACUUCUCCUGCUCCACCGGCAACCCCAUCGACGACUGCUGGCGCUGCGACCGUAGAUGGAAACUCCGCCGCAAACGCCUCGCCGACUGCUCCAUAGGCUUCGGCCGCAACGCCAUCGGCGGCCGCGACGGGCGUUACUACGUCGUAUCCGACCCGGGCGACGAUAACCCGGUCAACCCGACCCCGGGGACGCUCCGUCACGCCGUGAUCCAAGACGAGCCGCUAUGGAUCGUGUUCAAACGCGACAUGGUCAUAACCUUGAAAGAAGAACUCAUCAUGAACAGUUUCAAGACAAUAGAUGGACGUGGCGUCAACGUGCACAUAGCUAAUGGUGCAUGCGUCACGAUACAGUACGUGACGAAUAUUAUUAUACAUGGGAUACAUAUACAUGAUUGUAAGCCGACGGGGAACGCGAUGGUGAGAAGCUCACCGUCGCAUUAUGGGUGGAGGACGAUGGCUGAUGGCGAUGGGAUCUCGAUAUUUGGGUCGAGUCAUAUUUGGAUUGAUCAUAACUCGCUUUCGAGUUGUGCUGAUGGGCUUAUUGAUGCUGUGAUGUCUUCCACGGCUAUUACUAUUUCUAAUAAUUACUUCACUCAUCACAAUGAGGUUAUGUUAUUGGGACAUAGUGAUACAUACACAAGGGACAAAGUGAUGCAGGUUACUAUUGCUUACAACCAUUUUGGUGAGGGUCUUAUCCAGAGGAUGCCAAGGUGUAGGCAUGGAUAUUUCCAUGUAGUUAACAACGACUACACGCACUGGGAAAUGUAUGCAAUUGGUGGCAGUGCGAGUCCCACAAUCAACAGCCAAGGAAACAGAUAUCUUGCUCCGAGAAACCGGUUUGCUAAAGAGGUGACAAAGAGAGACUAUGCAGGGGAGUGGCAAUGGAAGCAUUGGAACUGGAGAUCAGAAGGAGAUCUUUUCCUAAACGGUGCUUUCUUCACACGUUCUGGAUCAGGACUUGGAGCUAGCUACGCUAGAGCUUCAAGUUUAGCAGCCAAAUCAUCAUCCCUUGUUGGCGUCAUCACAUCCAAUGCCGGUGCUCUUAAUUGCAGAGUUGGUCGCCGGUGUUAAUACUUGCUAAUUAUUUUUGGGGUUCUUUGCGUUUUAUACAUGGCAAUAGCACUACUGAAAAAUGUCCGAGACUUGAUUUAAAAAACGGUCUCAACUGUAUUAUAAAAGUUGUAUGCUUAUAUUCUUGUUGUACCACUCUCUUUAUGUAUCUAUAAAAGGCAAGCAAAGUUCGAACU